AUGUCAUAUUCAGCAUUACCUAGAACCGAUAGAUCAGACUCAUUUAAUAUAAUAUCGCAACAAAAGAACAAAAGUAAAGAGUCUUUUGAUUUACAGUUUGACGAUUCUCUCGACGCAGCUUUGGAUAAUCUGCAGAUCAAUCAUACAUCUCUCAGUGGUGGACUAGAUAGCGGUUGGGAUACUAGGAACUCUGUUGAAAGCUUUGAAUUAAGAACCAUGAAUGAAAACGAUGGAUUUGAUAUGAAGGCUCACAAACAUUCUAGACCACACAGUAAACCACUGCUAGAAGAAUCGUGGAAUGCAGUGGCAACGGAGGCACAGCAGAAUUAUAAGGGUUCUCUUCCUCAUCCGAAGAAUAGUGGGUUUCUCAAUCGGUUCAAUAAUAUGUUUGGCCCGCAGAGUGGGCUGGGCAAGUACCAAUCGACCUCGACAAUCGAAUUAAACGAUAAUAACAUUGAUAGAGAAAUCCAUCCCGAUACGACACCGACCUUUGACAGGAACAAGUACCCGAGCAACCAAAUAUCCAACGCGAAGUACAACGCAUUCACUUUUAUACCAACUCUGCUUUACGAACAGUUCAAAUUCUUUUUCAACCUGUAUUUUCUGGCGGUUGCUCUCUCACAGGCUGUACCAGCCUUAAGAAUCGGGUAUCUGUCAUCCUAUGUGGUUCCGCUGGCAUUUGUGUUGACAGUUACAAUGGCAAAGGAAGCUAUGGAUGACAUACAAAGAAGGAGACGUGAUAAUGAAUCGAAUAGCGAGCUUUACACCAUACUGAACAAGUCUCGGCUGGUUGCAAGCAAAGAUCUUAAAGUCGGCGAUUUAAUCAGGGUUAAAAAAGGCUCAAGAAUUCCAGCUGACUCGAUAUUACUUCAAUCUAGCGAGCCCUCUGGUGAGGCUUUCAUCAAAACGGACCAACUGGAUGGUGAAACUGACUGGAAACUUCGAAUCGCAUGCCCACUGACUCAAAACUUACCACAGGACGAUCUGUUGAACAAAAUCAGUAUUACAGCAUCUGCUCCGGAAAAGUCUAUCCACAGAUUUCUUGGCAAGGUGACGUAUAAAAAUUCCACUUCGAGUCCUCUCUCUGUUGACAACACCCUGUGGGCUAACACCGUAUUGGCCUCUAGCGGUUACUGCAUUGCAUGUGUUAUUUACACUGGCCCAGAUACUAGACAAGCUAUGAACACCACUGCUCCGAAAGUUAAAACAGGUUUGCUUGAAUUGGAGAUCAACAGCAUUUCAAAGGUCCUGUGCGCUUGUGUUUUCAUUCUCUCCAUUCUGCUGGUUGCGUUUGCUGGUGUUCGCAAUCCAGAUUGGUACGUUGAUAUAAUGAGAUAUCUGAUUCUCUUCUCAACUAUUAUUCCCGUUUCUUUGAGAGUCAAUUUGGACCUAGCAAAGUCAGUAUAUGCCCACCAAAUUGAGCACGAUGAUGCCAUACCAGAGACCGUGGUCAGGACAAGCACUAUACCUGAGGAUCUGGGACGUAUCGAGUACCUUUUAAGUGACAAGACUGGGACGCUAACUCAAAAUGAUAUGCAGCUGAAGAAAAUUCACCUGGGUUCAGUUUCAUAUACUGCGGAGACCAUCGAUAUUGUAUCUGACUACAUCCAAAACCUAAACAAAUCCGUUGUACCCCUUUCAACAUCGAGGCGCGAUAUAAGUACCAGAGUGCGUGACAUGAUUGUAACUUUAGCUUUAUGCCAUAAUGUCACUCCAACAUUCGAAGAAGACAGACUCAUGUACCAAGCGGCCUCUCCGGAUGAAAUUGCUAUUGUGAAGUUUACAGAAUCUGUUGGGCUUUCAUUAUUUAAAAGAGACAGGCAUUCUAUCACUCUGUUGCACGAACAUUCGGGCGACACCUUGCAUUACGACAUUUUACAGGUUUUUCCAUUCAAUUCUGAUACGAAGCGGAUGGGUAUCAUUGUUUAUGAUAAGCAGAAGGAAGAAUAUUGGUUUCUUGAGAAGGGUGCUGAUACUGUUAUGAAGAACAUUGUUGAAAGAAAUGACUGGCUAGAGGAAGAAACGGGAAAUAUGGCACGCGAAGGUUUACGCACCUUAGUAAUAGGUCGUAAACAGCUUACAUCUCAGGAUUAUGACGAGUUCCGUAAGAAAUACGACGAGGCCUCGGUUUCCAUGUUAAAUCGCGACAAACAAAUAAGCAACGUUGUUGAGGGCCUUCUAGAAAAAAACUUGGAGCUUCUGGGGAUGACUGGCGUAGAAGAUAAACUGCAGAAAGACGUCAAGUCUUCGAUUGAGCUACUAAGAAAUGCAGGUAUCAAAAUCUGGAUGCUAACUGGUGAUAAAGUCGAAACUGCUCGCUGCGUUUCAAUCAGUGCAAAACUGAUUUCUAGAGGCCAGUAUGUUCACACAAUCUCCAACCUACAUGAACCAGAAGGAGCCAUGGAUAAGCUGGACUAUCUCAAGAUGAACAAGAACUCCUGUCUCAUAAUCGACGGAGACUCAUUAGGUAUGUUCUUGAAAUACCAUAAGGACGAAUUCUUCAAGGUGGCAGCCGGUAUCCCUUCUGUUAUAGCUUGCAGAUGCACACCACAACAGAAGGCUGACGUCGCCUUGGUUAUUCGUGAGUUGACUGGAAAGAGAGUCUGCUGCAUAGGAGAUGGAGGUAAUGAUGUCUCUAUGAUCCAGAGCGCAGAUGUAGGUGUCGGGAUUGUGGGCAAAGAAGGGAAGCAGGCAUCUCUUGCGGCUGAUUUUUCCAUCACUCAGUUUUGCCAUCUAACUGAGCUACUCUUAUGGCAUGGUAGAAACUCCUACAAACGUUCUGCUAAACUGUCACAAUUCGUUAUGCAUAGGGGGCUAAUUAUUGCGAUAUGUCAAGCAGUGUUUUCGAUAUGCUCCAGUUUUGAGCCCAUCGCAUUAUACCAAGGAUGGCUGAUGGUCGGAUAUGCUACGUGCUAUACUAUGGCUCCCGUCUUUUCCAUGACCCUAGAUCACGAUAUUGACAAAUCACUAACAAAAAUCUACCCUGAACUUUACAAGGACUUGACCGAGGGUAAGAGUCUUUCUUAUAAGACAUUUUUCGUGUGGGUAGCCCUGUCCUUGUUCCAAGGAUGCGUUAUUCAGGGAUCGGCCCAGAACUUCACAAGCCUCGCCGAGUUGGACUUCAAGAAGAUGGUUUCAAUUAGUUUUAGCGCACUGGUACUGAAUGAGUUGAUCAUGGUGGCAUUGGAGAUCAAUACCUGGAAUGGGACGAUGAUAGCUUCUGAGCUUGCAACUCUGAUUCUAUACAUUUUUUCUGUUCCAUUUUUAGGAGAAUACUUCGAUCUGUCCUAUGUGACCACCUUAAAAUUCUUCGGGAUCUGUCUGUUCAUUUUGUCCAUAUCUAUAUUCCCCGUUUGGGCAGCUAAAGCUAUUCAUCGCAAGCUCCAUCCCCCAAGUUACGCUAAAGUUCAAGAGUUUUCGACAGUUUAA